CCAAUCUUCUUAAUUCAUAUACCCAUCAAUUUUAAUAUAUUCAUAUUUAAUUCUUUGUUUGUGUAUAUAUAGCUGUAUGACUUAUAUAUGGAUUUGUUCCUGUGGGGUUUCAAGAUUUAUAUGUGUCGUGUUAAUAUUAUUUUUUUGAAUAUUUUGGAGCUGGGUUUUUUAUUUUGGUGAUUUAUGUCUAAUAGGGUUGAGUACAUUGGUGAAUUCAGUUUGCUUGUAAAUGGGUUUUGUCUAUUUUUUUUGUAGAUUGGUGUUUUUCGGUUUAGUUUGGAUUUAGAAAUGUAGUAGGAUUUAGAAAUGUAGUAGAAUUUAGAAAUGUAGUAGAAGUGCAAUGUAAAGAAUAAUCACCCGAUUAUGCGUAGAAAGUAUUAGUUGGAAUUUUUUAGUUAAUGAGCUAUUUGGGGUUCAGUUUAUGCUACUUUGUUCUGUACAUUGGGAGAAAUUAGAUAACAUUAUUCCGAAGUGAUGUUAAAUUAAGUCUAUAAGGGGUUGAAGAAAUUGAUUAUAAUGGGGGUUCUGGUGCGUCGAUAUAAAUCAAUCGUGAUAAUGUGCGUCAACAAAGAAUUCUAAUCAGGAGUGAGCUUUAUCGGAGUAGUUGAUUGAUGGGUAGUAAAACCAUUGGAUUUGGUGUACUUCGAAUAUGUUCAUAGUUGCCGAGUUCUGUUGCUUUUAUAAAGGGAUAUAAGACUAUAGUAAGAUGGAUGGUAGUGACGGAAGUUUAGAGCCCAGGAGAAUGGUUUUUGUUACAGUUGGAACAACCAGUUUUGAUACUCUUGUUAGAGCAGUGGACACUCAGGAAGUUAAAGAAGAACUAUCAAAAAGAGGAUACACUGACCUUGUUAUUCAAAUGGGUCGUGGUUCCUACUUCCCUGCAAAGUCUAGUGGAGAAGAUGGAUCUCUGAAUGUAGAGUAUUUUACUUUUUCAUCUAGCAUCGCUGACAACCUGAAAGAAGCAUCUCUAGUCAUCAGUCAUGCAGGCUCAGGUAGCAUUUUUGAGACAUUGCGGCUUGGUAAACCACUUAUUGUGGUAGUAAAUGAAGAUUUGAUGGAUAACCAUCAAAGUGAGUUAGCGGAAGAACUAGCAGAGAGAAAACAUCUAUUUUGUGCUCGUCCCCAAACGCUUUACAAUAUUAUUGCAACUAUGGAUCUGGACGCUCUCAUUCCAUACGAAUCAGGUGAUGCCAUGCCAGUAGCUAAACUCAUAAAUAGAUUUCUGGGAUUUCCUGAUGACUAAUGAUGUUGUACAGAUGUAUUCUUUCAGUAGUAAACUCAGAGAUCUGUUUCAACUCCUAGUGAUGUACUUCUAUAAAUUUGAAGCUGUACUUGCAUUAUGGUUUCAAGUAUGAAUUCUCUGUAUGUAAUAUUUUCAACCAGUUAUGCAAUUCUUACCUUGUAGGAUUUUCAAACUCUGACAGGAUUUAAUAGAAUAUAGUUACAGGUUUCAACUUC